AUGCGUCUCACCAGCUACAUUGCAUCUGCCCUCUUCGGCAUGGCCACCGUCGUAUGUGCCAUGCCGACCGGUUUAUCCGGCGCCGAUUGGGAAUCAGUCCUUGCCGCACGCGGUGCAGAAAACAUUCCUACAGCCUACGCCCGCGACUAUGACCACGAUGUACAACUGAUUGAAAAGCGCAAAGACCAGUUGUCAAGAGUGACUAUCAUUGAUAGGACCGGCAAAGGUAGGAGUAGGGGAGGCAAGAUGAGACAAGCAGAACAGGAUAUCUGGAAUGUGGCAGCUCAGAAGGCCGCCUCCGCCCAGGGUGCAAACAGCGUCACGAUUGUACAUCGCCCACACGACGGCGGAGAAACCGGCAGCCAAGACAUGGCAGAGCACAUCACCGUGAAAUUUCCUGGGAAGACUGGACUGGUUCACGUUUACGCGGAUGGCACUUUCAGCUCCGAGGCAAAUGCCGCACGUGGCAGAUCACGACAAGGGAUGUCUGCACCAGGCUCGCUAGCCGGGAGUCCAGCGGGAUCUCCGCCAGGCUCCCCUACCAGACGUCCAUCGGCCUCUGCGCCAGGCUCUCUAUCCGCAAGUCCAGCGGGAUCUCCGCCAGGCUCGCCAUCCAGAAGUUCAGCGGGGUCUACGGGGGGUUGGCCAUAUGGAAGUUCACCACCAACUGGUCGUCGUGUGAUUCCUGAUGAGGAAAUGUUUUAG